CCUGGAGGUGCAGGUGGCUUAGAGAGCAGCCGGAGGGGCCGGCACCCCAGCUCCCCACCUGCAACCCUUGCAAGCAAGGCCCCUGCAGCCAUGGCAGGCAUGAAGACCGCCUCCGGGAACUACAUCGACACAUCCUGGGAGCUGAGGGUAUUCGUGGGAGAGGAGGAUCCUGAGGCCGAGUCAGUCACCCUCCGGGUCACCGGGGAGUCACACAUUGGUGGGGUACUCCUGAAGAUCGUGGAGGCCAUCAACCGUAAGCAGGACUGGUCGGACCACGCCAUCUGGUGGGAGCAGAAAAGGCAGUGGCUGCUGCAGACCCACUGGACCCUGGACAAGUACGGCGUCCUGGCCGACGCCCGCCUCUUCUUCGGGCGCCAGCACCGGCCUGUGGUCCUGCGGCUGCCCAAUCACCGCGCCCUGCGCCUGCGAGCCAGCUUCUCCCAGCCCCUCUUCCGGGCUGUGGCUGCCAUCUGCCGCCUCCUCAGCAUCCGGCACCCCGAGGAGCUCUCUCUGCUUCGGGCUCCUGAGAAGAAGAAAAAGAAGAAGGAGAAGGAGCCAGAGGAGGAGGUGUAUGACUUGACCAAGGUCGUCCUGGCUGGGGGUGUGGCCCCUGUGCUGUACCGGGGGAUGCCGGCGCACUUCUCAGACAGCGCCCAGACCGAGGCCUGCUACCACAUGCUGAGCCGCCCCCAGCCCCCGCCCGACCCCCUGCUGCUCCAGCGCCUGUCCCGGCCCAGCUCCCUGUUGGACAAGACCCAGCUGCACAGCAGGUGGCUGGACUCCUCCCGCUGCCUCAUGCAGCAGGACAUCAAGGAGGGGGACACACUGUGGCUGCGCUUCAAGUACUACAGCUUCUUCGACCUGGACCCCAAGACAGACCCGGUGCGGCUGACCCAGCUGUAUGAGCAGGCUCGGUGGGACCUGCUGCUGGAGGAGAUCGACUGCACGGAGGAAGAGAUGAUGGUGUUUGCUGCCCUGCAGUACCAUGUCAACAAGCUGUCCCAGAGCGGAGAGGUGAGCGAGCCGGCCAGCACGGACCUGGGGCUGGACGACCUGGACGCAGCCCUGAGCAACCUGGAGGUGAAGCUGGAAGGGUCGGCGCCCACAGACAUGCUGGACAGCCUCACCACCAUCCCAGAGCUCAGGGACAACCUCCGCAUCUUCCGGCCCCGGAAGCUGACCCUAAAGGGGUACCGCCAGCACUGGGUGGUGUUCAAGGAGACCACCCUGUCCUACUACAAGAGCCAGGAUGAGGCCCCGGGGGACCCCAUUCAGCAGCUCAACCUCAAGGGCUGUGAGGUAGUCCCCGACGUCAAUGUCUCAGGCCAGAAGUUCUGCAUCAAGCUCCUGGUGCCCUCCCCUGAGGGCAUGAGUGAGAUCUACCUGAGAUGCCAGGAUGAGCAACAGUAUGCGCGCUGGAUGGCCGGCUGCCGGCUGGCCUCCAAGGGCCGCACCAUGGCGGACAGCAGCUACAGCAGCGAGGUGCAGGCCAUCCUGGCCUUCCUGAGCCUGCAGCGGGCAGGCGGUGGGGGCUCAGGCAACCACUCCCAGGGCCCCGAUGCCUCCAGCGAGGGCCUCAACCCUUACGGUCUUGUUGCGCCCCGCUUCCAGCGAAAGCUGAAGGCCAAGCAGCUCACCCCUCGGAUCCUGGAAGCCCACCAGAACGUGGCCCAACUCUCGCUGUCCGAGGCCCAGCUGCGUUUCAUCCAGGCCUGGCAGUCCCUGCCCGAUUUUGGCAUCUCCUACGUCACAGUCAGGUUCAAGGGCAGCAGGAAGGACGAGAUCCUGGGCAUCGCCAAUAACCGACUGAUCCGCAUUGACAUGGCUGUGGGCGACAUGGUCAAGACGUGGCGCUUCAGCAACAUGCGCCAGUGGAACGUCAACUGGGACAUCCAGCAGGUGGCCAUCGAGUUCGAUGAGCACAUCAACGUGGCCUUCAGCUGCGUGUCGGCCAGCUGCCGCAUCGUGCAUGAGUACAUCGGGGGCUACAUCUUCCUGUCCACGCGGGAGAAGGCCCGAGGGGAGGAGCUGGAUGAGGACCUCUUCCUGCAGCUCACGGGAGGCCACGAGGCCUUCUGAGGCCCCUCUUACUGCCUUCGU